AUGCGCCGCACCACCACCUCAAGCUCACAAGUGUGCACAGACGAGCCACUACCUCUCAUCGAGGCAGCGACCAUCAAGCUCGACUGUCGCGCCGCAGCGCAGGACCUCUUGAACUACUACGACGACUUUUGCUCGGCCCCCGCAUCGUGGCGGCUGCUUCGCAACGAGCGCGGCGUCCAAAUGCUUCAAGGUCCUGGCCGACACAUGCGUCACGCGUACCGGUUCGCAACCACGGUCACCGCAUCGCUGGACGAGGUCAAGGCCCUCAACACCAACCUCACACCGACGGAGAUGCGAGACACAAUGGACAAGUACGCCGACGGCAUCCUGGACAUGCAGGUACUGCACCGGCUUCAGACACCAACCGUGGCCGAGCCAAACCUCCAAGUACUCGUGCGCUGGGUCGUCAACGCCUGUCCGUCGCCUCUACUCCACCGCGACUUUUGUCUCGCCGAGGUGCAAAACGGGUGGACGUUACCGUCCGGACAGAGCGCGUGGGGUCUUGCCCAGCACUCGAUCAAGGUGCCAAGCUGUCCGGACCUGCUCUCGACAAAGCGGUACCAGCGUGGUCAGGUACACCAUUUCGGGCUCUUGUACGUCGAGCACGCGACUCGACCGGGCGUUCUGGUGCUAUUCAUGCACCUCGAAUUGAACGUCAAGGGCUGGACACCGUCGUGGCUAUACCCACGUCUCAUGGCGCGCCAGGCGCGCAGUGUCUCCAAGCUCUCGCGACUCUUCACAUCCAUGCACGGCAAGGCGAAGAGCUCUACCCGCGCCGCGCCGACGCCCAAGCACUGUCAGUACUGUACGCGCCAAUUUGGCCUCUUCCGGCCAAAAGUGCGCUGCAGCAACUGCAGCGAGGUGUUUUGUGGGGCGUGCGCGCUGCCGUUUGAGAAGCGUCACAUCUGCGUCGAGUGCCUCGCCGAGGAGGACGACCCGAUCCUCGACGUGCAGUCGGGCAGCACUUGGAGCGGCACGAGCCCGCACGGCGUCCAGUCGUGGCUUGACAUGCGCAGCGAGCAGCAGCUGCGGCAGUUGAGCAAAUGGGCGCGGUCGUCCCGCGGCAACGAAGAACGCAGCAACGUUCCGAGCGACCGGAACCUAAGACGAGCGCCGUCCUGUUCGACCUAG